GUCAGCCAUAGCAGAAAAGCCGGUAGCCUCCGCUCCACCACGGUUUCUGCAAAUCACCAACUAGCGUAAAGCUCAAACUCCGACCGACGCACUGCUCGCCCGUUCCCUUCAGACUAGAAACAUGCCUCGGAUAAAUAUGAUGCUCAACAGCACACCUUCUUCUUUGGUAGAUCUUUGUGUUAGGACAGCUAUAGAUAAUGUAAGAUACCUUGGAGAUGUUGGCGAGACAGAUUUGCAUCUUCUAGAUCGAAUUUUGCAACAUUGUACACUUGAUCAGUUGAUGCAUGUGGAGAAGAGUACUAAAGGAAGAGAUCUUAGCCCUGUAACUGAUAAGCUAUGGAAGAAAUUCUAUGAGCAGCAGUUUGGUGUUAAGAGCAUGAAUGUUGUAGUUGAGAGGAUGAAGAAGAAGAAAGUCUCAUUCAAAUGGAAACAGUUGUAUGAGGCAAAAGUGAAGGACAUGAAUGAAGCUGAGAAUAAAGCAGCUGAUCGACUUAAGCAACUGUACAAGAAAGAAAAUGCCCGUAAACAAAGUCGGCAAGUUCAGCUUUGCUCUAAAGUCCCACCUUCAAGUAAUAAAAGAGGCUUUUUUGCAGGACCUGGCUACAAUCUUUCUAAUGUCAAAAGCAACAUAAUGAAGAAAGCAAAGAUAGAGCUUAUGAAGAGUCAAGAAGUGAAAAAUCUCACAGCCUUGAAGAGAAAUGCAGUGCAAAGGAAUUAUAGUCCUUCAGCCACAACAAAGUCAAAUGGGUUUGGAAAUAAUUCUGCUUCAACUUCAAAACAGACCACUUCUUUGAACAGAAGAUUUUAGAAGCCUGGGAUCAGGAUCUUUGGAUUGUUGUUUUCUAUCAGCUUUCUUCAUCUUCUUUGUGACCUUAUCUCUCCGUAACUUUUUUGUAUUUUUUUUUUUUUUUUCACAUUGAAACAUAAGAAGAGAUUCAUGUGUAAUUUGUUAAAACUAAUAAUACAAUUACUUCUGAAGAGAAGCAAGCUCAACAAGAACCUCAAUUGCUUUCAUUUAAGCAGCGCGAUUGUUUACAUCAUAAAUUGUAAAUUUUGGGAUUAUACGUGUCAAAUUAUGUUUUGAAUGGAUGGAUAAGGUUGUGCGAUGUUAGAUUCGCUGUUUUGAGGCCUUUAACAGAUCAGGUGCCACUUGGGAGGAGUCCAAAAAGGAUUGGGUUUAUCUCCUAGUUACCUAUUUGAGUUAUGGUGGACCUGUGGCUGCUAUUUUUUAGGAGAUAAAUCAGUUAAAAGGUCGAGUUGGCAAAUAACAAGGACAAGGGGCGGGAUUUGGGUGAAGUUCUGACUCAGUCCAUGUUGAUCUGUUCAUCUUCUUCAAGAAACCACUCAUGUUGUGCAAUCGCCAAGUAGUGGGGACUUAUAGACAUCAGAGAAGACAAACAAAAGUAAAUUUUUUGAUUAUUCAACACAAGGUUAGCUCUGAACACAAUCUAUAACUAGUUUUAACACUCUUAGAUCUUGUUAUA